AUGGCGCGGCACGCCUAUAUCCAGGCAGCUGCCGUGCUGCUGGUGUCGUGCACCCUCGUCUACGGUCGACCUUCACCUGCUCCCGCGCCAUCUUCGACGGACUUCGCCCCAGUGCCAGCACCGGCUCCGGCUCCUCCGGAGAACUGCGACUGCAAUCCUUCCAUCAAGGCGCUGACUGGCGAGUGCAAGCCGUUCAGGCUGGCCUCGAAGUUUGCCUGUGAUGUGGACCCCUACAAGCCACACCAGAUGUACCCUCGGCCACAGAUGCUGAGGGGCAAUGACACCUGGAUCAACCUGAAUGGCAUCUGGGAGUGGGAGGCCAAUGUGGGCUGGGAGGAUGGCGCGCCGCCCAUCAACAGAACACUGGCCCGCAAGAUUGUGGUCCCCUUCGGCGUGCGCGCUGACCUGUCAGGGGUGGAGGACCCAUACAGGGUGGGAGUGACCCACAUGUGGUAUCGACGCAGCUUCCGGCUGCCCGGCAGCUGGCGGAACCUGCGCAACGCCUCGCGCACGGUGCUCCACUUUGGCGCCGUGGACUGGCAAGCCCAGGUCUGGGUGAAUGGAGUGGAAUUCCCACAGCACAACGGCGGGUAUGACAAGUUUGCUGUGGACAUCACCGACGCACUGAAACAUGGCAACAGCGGUCAGCACGAGCUGAUAGUGCGAGUGUACGACCCAACAGACAGCGCCCACAUCCCCUUGGGCAAGCAGCGCAAGAACAACGGAGGCAUCUUUUACAUGGGCACCGAGGGAAUCUGGCAGACCGUCUGGCUGGAGCGGGUGUCGGAGGCUUACAUCAGCCGCCUGGACAUGAUCCCUGACGUCGACGCGGAGCAUCUGAGCAUCACUGUUCAGGGCAACAAGCAGGCGCUCGGCCUCCCUGUCCGCGUGGCAGCCAUCGAGGACGGCAAGAAGGUGUCCUUUGGAGAAGGAGUCGUGGGCAGGCCCUUCAACCUGAGCCUGCCCAACCCUCGCCUGUGGAGCCCUGCCAUCUUCGGGGGCGAGCCUUUCCUGUACGACAUCGAAGUCAGCCUCUACCCAGCAGCCACCAACUCCACCGCAGCGAAGUCCACAGCCGAUGCGCUGGACACAGUGAAGGGCUACUUUGGCAUGCGCAAGGCACACAUUGCCCCGCUGCCCAAUAACGGGCCCAUGUUUAUCUGGCUCAACAACAAGCCCAUCACCCAAGUGGGGCUCCUCGACCAGGGCUACUGGCCGGAUGGGCUCUACACAGCGCCGACGGAGGAGGCCCUGUGCUGGGACAUCCAGGAGGCGCUGCGGCUGGGCUUCACCACUCUCAGAAAACACAUCAAGGUGGAGCCGGACCGCUGGUACUACUGCGCAGACAAGUUGGGCAUGCUGGUGUGGCAGGACAUGCCCGCCAUGUUCUGGGAGGAUCCCUUCAACGACGGCGUCUACUACCGCCACCCCCAGGAGAAGGCCCAGCACACCUACGAACUCACCCGCAUGAUCGAGGAGCACCUGUCCUUCCCGAGCAUCAUCCAGUACUACACAUUCAACGAGGGCUGGGGCCAGUACGACACUCAAAAGGCGGUGCAGGCAGCCCGCAGCGAGGACCCCUCGCGAUUGUGGGGGGCCACCUCCGGCUGGGAGGACCCCCAGGACAUCACCGCGGACAAGGGCGCCAAGUACCAGCACUACACCGGCUAUGUUGGGGAAAUCCGGGAUGACCACAUGUACCCCGGCCCGUACAGCUCUGGAGCUACGGAGACCCGCGCGUCCGUAAACGGGGAGUACGGGGGCCUCGCCCUGUACUAUGACGGGCACUCCGAUCUGGUCAAGGCCAGCACCGGGCUGAGUGCUGCCAUCUACACGCAGCUGACCGACGUGGAGGCAGAGGUCAACGGCAUCCUCACCUACGACCGCAAGGUGUUGAAGCUUGGCGAUGCGAAUCUUGUGAGGGAUGAGAUCAAGAAGGUUGUCAACUCGCUCAGUACCUGA